AUGGCAGAAAACGAUGACAUUAAGAUUCUAGAUGUUGCAGAAUUAUUACAGGCCAAUAUAGCAUAUAUCUCAGGUGGGCAUACUGAAGAAGGAUUUCCCAUUAUAACAUUUCCAGAAUGUCCAGUGUUUAAUACAGUGUCAGAUAAAGACUUUGUAAGGGUCAUGACCUAUCUUACAACUGUACCAAGUUUGCAAGAAGUGGAUCUCGGUUUUGUAAUAAUUGUUGACAGACGUGAAGACAAAUGGAGUUCUGUGAAAUCAGCACUUGGCAAAAUUGCAGGUUAUUUCCCUGGUACUGUACGUGAGGUAUUUGUACUUAGACCUAGUGGGUUUUUCCAAAGAACAUUUACAGAUGUUGGAUUCAAAUUUUAUCGAGAUGAGUUUAAAUUUAAGGUGUUUAUGUUGGAAUCACUGAAAGAAUUACAUGACCACUUUGAUAAAUCACAAUUAACAACCCAAUUAGAGGGUGAUAUCUCGUAUGAUCAAAAUGAAUGGCUUGAGAUGAGAGUGGCGAUAGAGAAAUUUUCCGAUAACUGUGAUACAAUCAGUAAUGAAUUAAAAUCAUUGGGACAGCAAUUUAAUGAGACACAACUGCCGGAAGACGUGCAGUCUACUGGUAUAUUACUAACAGAACAUAGAAAACAACGGUAUGAAUUAAAAGAAGACUUACAUAGUGCCAUACAGUUGGGUGGUACCUUAAUGAAUUGUAUGAGGAAAUCACUCAAUAUAAGUGAAAAUAAUCCAAUGCAAAGAUUCUCAAAUUCUUGUGCAAUACAAAGACUCCUUGCCCAGCUUGAAGAAACAGAGAAAGCAUUUGAUGUGUUUUGGUGUGAUCAUGAAUUAAAACUUAUACAGUGUUUGCAUCUGAGAGAGUUUGAACAAGAAUAUAAUGAAGUGAAAGCUGCUCUUGAUUCUUCAUUAUUAUCUUUGAAUCAGAUGACAGAGCUUGGCGAUACUGUUGCUAGGGUAGAAAUGCUGAUCAGGGAAUACAAUUUAGUAAAAGAUAAAACACAGCCAUUUUUAUGUAGAAAUCAAAAAUUAAUAUUGGAUGGUCAAGAAAUGAUAAACAACAAACAUUAUGCUACAAAUGACAUUGAACCAAAUUUAAAUGAUUUAAAACACCUGUAUGAUGUCAUCAGUAUCAAGUCUGAACGGCGAGGUAAAGCUCUAAAUGCGUCGUUAGAUUUACAGCAGAGGAUAGACAAGGCCAAUAAAUGGUGCAGUGAUGGAGUAGACUUAUUAGCUGCACAAUCAAUUGAUAAAUGCCAACUUCUGGAAGGUGCUCAGUUUGAACUCAAGGAAAUUGAUAAUUUUGUUGAAAAAUCUCAAGAAAUAAAUUUAGAUAAUCCUAAAGAAUUCCACGCUAUGUUUGAUCCUAUACUUACACCAGAAUUGAAGUUAAUAGCACAACAUACAUUGAAAAGAAUAGAGGAUGUGCAGCAAAUGUUUGAGAAAAGAAGAUCAAGUUUAAAAAAAUUAGCCGUAAAAUUGGAGAGACCAGUACAGGCUGUUGUACCUGCUGUUCCUGCGCUCAAUAAAUCACAAGCUCUUUCAACUUCAAUGUCAUCACUUGGAUCCAAGUUAACACCUCCGCCGUCACCAUCACCCAGUGAGAGUGAUUUUAGAAGGCAGAAAUCAUUAUUAAAGAAAGCUAAAAGUGCACCCAAGUUAAAUCGUCAAAUCGAGAUUGUUCGUGAUGAUACAGUUGAUGCCAACCUUAGUACCACAGAUGAAAGUGAUUCUGAAAAUACAGAUACAUUAUUCUCAAAGAGAAGGCAUAUUAUGAAAGAGUUGAUUGAUACUGAGAGGUUUUACGUCAAAGAACUAUUAAGUAUAAUUGAAGGCUAUGAGUAUCAGAUGGAUAAUUAUGAAUUGCAACAUUUAAUACCGCCAUUAUUAAUCGGAAAAAGGGAUGUACUGUUUGCAAAUUUAGAAGAUAUUCAUGAAUUCCACAGAAGUAUAUUUCUUGUGGAUCUUGAAAACUGUAGAGACACGCCACCAUUAGUCGGUAGAUGCUUUGUAUCAAGGAAAAAUGAAUUAGAUAAGUUAUAUAGCAUUUAUUGUCAGAAUAAACCACAGUCUGAAAUACUUAGGCGUGAAUGUGGCAAUGACAAUGAUUUUUUUAAGGAAUGUCAACAAAGACUAAACCAUAGAUUGCCACUGAGUGCCUAUUUAUUGAAGCCUGUACAAAGAAUAACAAAAUAUCAACUAUUACUCAAGGAAAUGUUGAAAUAUUCUCACAAUGAAGAAGGUUAUGAAGCUUUACAGGAAGCAUUAGAUUCAAUGUUACAUGUACUUAAAUAUGUAAAUGAUUCUAUGCAUCAGUUACGAAUCACUGGCUUUGAGGGGAAUCUCUCAGAACAAGGCAAACUCUUGAUGCAAGGAUCCUUCAGUGUUUGGGUUGAACAUAAGAAGAAUAACAUUCGAGAUAUAAGAUUCAAACCAAUGCAAAGACAUUUAUUCCUCUAUGAAAAGUUAUUUUUGUUUUGUAAACGACGAGAAGAUGAAGGACCGUUUGAUAAAACAACGUACAGUUAUAAAAACUUCAUCAAGAUGUGUGAUGUUGGAAUGACUGAAAAUAUCAAAUCUGAUAAAAGAAAAUUUGAAUUGUGGUUACAUGGAAGAAGUGAAGUCUAUGUAAUACAGGCACCAACAUUUGAAAUAAAAAAUGCUUGGGUUCGCGAAAUUAGAAGAGUAUUACAAAGUCAGUUUGAAGCAGCUAAAGCUACAAGAAGGAAAUCCACAAGCGAUAAAACAAUACAAAAUAUUGAGAAUGCAAAUAAACAUCUAUCACUGCCUGGGAGGACAAAAAGGUUGCCCUCUCCUAACACACCGCCACCAGCUAAUGGAAAUGGUAAUGUAAUAAGAAGACACAGAAGAUCGCCCUCUAUUGAUAGAACAAAUGCCAAUGCUUCGCCACUGCCAAGUGAUGAGAUGGGUGAAGAAAGUGAUCUGGAAGGUUGGUCCACUGAUGAAUUUACUGAUGAUGAUAUGAGUGAAAGUGGUAGAGAUAUGUGUAAGGCAAUAACAAUGAAUCAAUAUGCAGCAUUAUCAGAAUACAACCAAGUUGAAAAAGGAGAGUUAUCAAUGAAAGAAGGUGACAUUGUAGAAGUGCUAAAAGUUGGUAAUGAUGGAUGGUGGUUUGUUAAACAAGUAUCAAAUAAAGAACAAGGAUGGGUUCCUGCAAGUUAUUUAGAGUCCUUAGCUAAAAGAGCCUCUAGAUCCAGUAUAUCGAUGGCUAGUCAAGGCAGCCAGAGCAGUGCUGGUAGUGGUGUUACACUUAAUGUAUGAGCAGAAUGAUUACGCAUAUAUUCACUUAACCAGAUGUUCACAUUUAUUUUGACCAAUCAUGAAAUGCUAACUUGCCACAGAUUUGCUUUCCCGCAUAUUUAUGGAAUGUGUUCUGUGAUACGACAGUCACUGUGCAAAGUCUUUGGUAUCUGGUUCUAUCCAGUUCUAUCCAGUUUCAAUGCUUUUUGGUUACAUCACUGCUUAGUACUUGACCCCC